UGGCGGACUUGUACUGGGCUUGGGGAAGAUUCACUGGUUCCUUCAGGCUUUUAAUCAUCUGAUCUGAUGCUUGUGUGUGCAGGGGCAUUCGGUGUGAUGGUUGGGUACCCUUUUGACACAGUAAAGGUGUGUGGUUACUACAAGGGCAUGAUGAUGACCUACAGGAAUUCCCUCUGGUAUCUCUGUAAAUUACUGCAUGGGGAUCCUGAGGCCCGGCCCGCCAAGUGUGACAUCUUCCUCUCAGGCCUGACUGGAGGAGUUGCACAGGUUUUACUGGUUCCCCCAGCUGACAUGGUGAAAGUGCGUCUGCAGUGUCAGAGGGUUGGGUUUUCAAAAUUCACAGAGGAGGCCCGAAAACCAAAGUACCGUGGCCCCAUACACUGUCUGCGUACCAUCGCCUGUGAAGAAGGAGUUCUGGGCCUCUACAAGGGAGCACUGGCUCUGGCUCUGAGAGAUGGACCCUUCUUUUCCACCUUCCUCACCAGUUAUCAUAUCAUCUGUGAACAGCUGUCGGCCCAAGGACUGGACCAACCAGAGUCCGGCGGCAGAUAAAAACGAUCUUCAUCAUUCGGUCAUUGGUACGUGUGAACAUCAGGUUUUGCUUUGUAUUAUGUUUGAAACCUGCUUCUGUAUAGAAAAACAGUUUUAUCUUUAGUAAUACCUUUUAGUUUUGUUUGCUACAUCUCACACCCUUCUCCAUGUUACUAACAUUUACAUUGACAUUUGGCUGCAUUAUCAUUAUUUAGGGACCCAUCAUAUAUUGUUCUAUCUUAAAUUACAGGUAUAUUCAGAUUACAUUUGGAUCAAAGAUUUUGCUUCUAAAGGAACCUAAUAUGAUAUAUGUAUGCAUUGUUCAAUGCUAUAUCAUCUCUGUGACAAUACGUGUUUGACUUGUAGGGAAAGUGCAUGUGUUACUGAUAACACUAAUGAUGGCUCCAUUCUAUUCAAAUGUCCCAGUAAGUCAUGACAGUGUGACAGUCAUCAGCAUACCCAGUACCAGGCCCCAGAAACUGAAGCAGCUUCAUGGAAUUUAGCCAUUGUAAAUUGUGUUGUUUACACCUGUGCUUUUCCUACAGUGGUGUGUCAAAAUGUCUUACAUGAAAAAAGAGAGAUCUAUGGUGCUGUCAUUGUAUCACAAAAUGCCUGAACUGAUAUGUUUAAUGUGUGGGAUCCUGUGGGAAAAAUGGGUACUUUUUUCUGUUGAUC